GAUUGGUUGCCAUCAGACUGUCGCAAAUGUUUUUCUUCUGCUUCUCCCGCUUCGCCAUAUCAGUGGCCUUAGAGCCGGCGAAAAUACCGUAGUUUAUCUUGCGGGAAAACAGUUCACUUACAGAAAACGUGUCGGGAGACGUGGUAUUCCAAUCUAGUCGUCUUUCUUAGUGAAAUUAAUGUGAUACCAGAAGCCGGAAGUUUGCGAACAAUGUACAAGUAAACAAAUGUCUGGGUUUAUUUGUGUAUAUCGUGUUUGAGAGUGUUUUUCUUUGUUGUAUUGCAAUUUUGCGGGACAAUUUUGUAUCUGAAACGCUCUUUGAAGCACACAGGAUGUAAAGACGUGUUGCAGAACAGGGGUCCGGCCCCUAAAUUUUAUCUAUACAAGAGGUAUACUGCUGUCAACUGGGGAGGGGGAAGGAAAUGCUUCGUGUAGUUCCGGAGGCUGAGGACCGCGGUGCCGCUUCGGUGGCCCUUUCUCCCUACCCACUGCUGCCCGGCCUCCUAGACAGCAGCUUCCAGAGAGCCGACGUCGGGUUCGACAUCCUCUCGUCACCGCGCCGCGAUUCGGAAGCCUCCGAACCGACAGGAAACACCGAUCACGGGGUGGUUUUUCAGUACCGGGGCACCUCUUCCCGCGUGCCGCUGUCGGGGCUUCCGGAGGGCAGUCCCGAGCGAGCCGAACUCGAGUCGAACUCCCCGUCAGGCCCGGACCGCAGUCCGGAAGUCUCCGAACCGACGGGAAGUGCCAUCGUCACCUGGAGUGACACGAUGAAGUCGCCCGAAUUUUACGACUGCGGAGACGAGCUCGUCGGUGACCUGAUGUCCAAGGAACCCGAGUGUGUUACAGUGCAGAAAGAGAAACCGUGUGACGAUGAUGUGCAACCUGGAGAGCUGGACCCUCCACAGACGAAACAGCCCGAGGUGAUCGAGCUGCCGAGUGAAGAUGACAGUGGGGAAGAGAAGACUGCUGUUCCAGUGACGGACUUCCAGAGAGCCGGGGCUGUCGACGGAGGGCGGCAGGACGACGACGUGGUGGUGCUCUCCGACAAAGAGGGAGCUGACCACCCAGACGUUACCUGUGUCGUGAGGACAGACGAGAGAGACAGAGAGGAAGUGGGCGACAUCGUGAUUCUGGAACCGACGACAAAUAGAGAGGUGCCUGCUUCAGUUUGCAGAGAAUCCAGUAGUAGCCCAGGAUUGUCUGAGGACUGCGCCACCGAACCGUCCGAUCUCUCGGAGGACACGAGUGCCCGCAGAAGACAGGUGACGGGGAGCGCCGUCAGUAGACCGUCGCAGCAGUCGGCGCCCUGCGGGAAGCGGCAGUCCGGCGGCACUUCUCGCGGGAGGUGGCGGAAACUGGCUGCGGGGAAGCCACUGUACCAGCUCACUUGCAGCUCGUGUCUGAAGCUGUUUUCGUCGAGGUACGAGCUGAUCCGGCACGUGUUCGUUCAUGUCGAAGGUGUAGAACCUCCUCUGCACAUCUGUGUCAUGUGUGGAGAGGUGUUUGCUAGUGACGAAGAAGUAGCAGCUCACCAGACGAGUACUAGAGCGCAGUGUUACGCAUUCGUGCGAGUGGUAAAGCGUGCGGGAACUCUCGAGAAGGUGUGGUUCUGUACCACUUGCGAGCAGACGUUCGAAACUAAACGCCAACUGGCAGUUCACGAGGCAGAGCGUCACGUCGGGGUCGUCGUCGCAGCCCGCACGGGACUGCCCGUACCGGUGACAAAAUUUGGUGACAUUCCUCAGGUACGUAUCGACAAUAAUCUGGCAGAUCGCCACAGUAGUAAAUACGAAAGAAAACGGGAAAGACCUCUGGGAAUAUUGCGGCAAAAACCUUCCGGUACCGACUUUAAGAGAAAGCCGGGCAGACCUAGAAAACUUUUGCAGGAGACUACCCGUAACGACGCCAAAAGAAAACUGGGAAGACCUCCCAAAAUACAGUCGGGAGAUGCCCUCCGUUCGAAUGCAGAUAUAAUUGUAGGGGAGUCCGAAGUUACGGUCGGAGGGCUCGUGGACCGAAAAUCUGACGUACCCUCGGGAGAACCUUUCGAGAGAAAAUCUGAAACAAAUUCGGGUGAAAUGCCCAGAAGAAAACCGGGAAGACCUCGUGUUAAGAAACCCACAAUAACUUCGGCAGAGCCCCGCAAUAGCUUACCGCCGGUGACGUCGGAAGAAUAUGUCGAAAGAAUACCCGAAAUGAAACCGGCAGAACCUCUCGAUAGGAAGUCGGAAAUUCGAUCCGGAUUUGCUGCCGAUGGAGUACUACAAAUUACAAAGGGAGAUACUGUCAGUAGAACACCUCAAAUUCCAUUAGGACGGAUUGUCAAUAAAAAACUCAAACUUUCAUCAGGAGAGUCUGUCGAUAGAAUAAAUGAAGUGGUACCGAGAGAGCCUCUCGACAGAAUAUCGGAAACUGCACGUGGGGAGAUUCUCGACAGAAAACCAGAAACUGCGUGUGGAGAUACUCGCGAUAGUGUACAAGAAACUGUACGCGGACAGAAUCUCGACAGAAUAUUACAAAACGCACACGGAGAGACUCUCGGUAGAAUGCCGAGAACUGCACACGGAGAGACUCUCGGUAGAAUAUCGGAAAGUGCACGUGGAGAGGCUAUCGGUAGAAUACUUGAAAUGGCACCGGAAGAACCUGUAGGUAGAUUGUCUGAAGUGGCACCGAGAAUAACUCUCAGUAAAUACGAAACAACACCGGAGCCCCUCAAAAAUAAAUCGGGAAUAAUGCCAGGAGAACCUUUCGGCAGUCGACCCGGUACGGCGCCAGAUUGUCUUAUCGGUAGCAAACCAAAAAGAAAACGAGGAAGGCCUCCAGGAAGUAAAAACAAAAUACCGGGCAAACCUCGUGGUAAAAAACCCAAAAUGGUACCGGAAGAGCUUCUCGACAAAACACCUGGAAUGACACGAGGUAAAACUGUCCACGGACUACGAGAAAUGAGACCGGGAGAGUGUGUAGAUCGAUUAUUAGGAAUGACAUGGGGAGCACCUCCGGACGAAAUGAGUUCGGGAGCACUCUCGGACGGACAGUACGAAAUGAGAUCCGAAGAAUUUCUCGAUCGACUGUUCGAUCUGAGACCGGGAGAGCUCCCAGAUAGACUGCACGAAAUGACACUGGGAGAACACCUGUACAGACUAUACGAAAUGGCACCGCAAGAACGUCACUACAGAUUGCCCGAAAUGGCACCGGGAACGCCUCUCGACAGUAACUUCGGUGCGUCACCACGAGAGUCUCCCGAUAAAGUGCACGAUACGACGCAGGGAGAGUCACUGUACAGAUUGCACGAAAUGACGACGGUAGAGUCUGUACACAGACUUAGUGAAAUGUCACCAGUAGAGAUCCUCUAUAGAAAGCACGAAAGUGCACCAGAAUCUCCUCUGGAUAAAAUACCUAAAAUGGCAAUAGCAGAGCCCCUGUCUAGGCUACACGAAAUUACUCCGGUAGAGAUUGUCUAUACAGACCUCGAAUCUAAGUGUCAGGGAGUUAGACCGGGAUUGCCUCUGGAUCCAAUACCCAAAAUAUCAGGAGAGCCUUUCGGUACACUAACUGAAAUGACACCGGGGAAGCCUCUCCAGAGACUAUCAGAUGUGGCAGCAACAGAGACCCACCGUAGACUGACCGAAAUGGCACCGGGAGAAACGCUCCGUAGACUGUCCGAAAAGGGACCGGACGAGACGGUCCGUAGUCCGUGUGAAAUGACACCGGGAGAGAUCCUCCGUAGACCUUCCGAAAUGACACGGGGAGAGGCAUUCCGCAGAUCCCCCGAAAUGGCACCGGGAGAGACCCCGGGUAGAUCCUCCGAAACGCCACCGGGAGAGGCUCUUCGUAAACUGUCACCGGGGGAGCUUUUCCACGGACUGCCCGAAAUUGGACCGGGAGAGCCUCUCCACACACUUUCCAAAAUAGCACCGGGAGAGACCCUUCGUAGGCCAUCCGAAAUGGCUCUGGAAGAGACCCUCCACAGGCCAUCCAAAAUUGCAUCUGGAGAUCCUCUCCACAGGCUAUCUGAAAUGGUACCAGUAGAGCCUUUCCAUACAAUAUUCGAAAUGGCAUCAGCAGAUCCCUUCCAAACAUUAUUCGAAAUGGCACCGGGAGAAUCUUUCCCUCUACUACCCGAAAUGGCACCGGGAGAGCUUUACCGUAGACAGUCUGAAAUGGCACCACGAGAGCCUCUCGACAGCAAACCUGAAAUAACACCGGGAAAUUUUAUCGACGGCAUACCCAAAAGGAAACGAGGAAGACCUCCUGGAAGUAAAAACAAAAAUCCGGGAAAACCUCGGUGUAGAAAAUCCCAAACUACACCGAGAGAGCCUCCCGAUACAGACGCUAAAACUACGUCGGGAAAACCUCGAGAUAAAAUGCCCGAAAAGCCACUGCGAGAGCCUCGGGAUAGUGUACCGGAAAUGUCACCGGGAACUGUAAGUGAUGGCGUACCUGAUAUUCUGUCGGGAGAGCCCGGUGAUAAGAAAUCCAAUAAAAAAGCGGGAGAGACAGAAAAAUGGCCCUGCCAUUUUUGUCAGCAAUUAUUUUGUUCUCUUUCGGGCUUAAAGAGACACCUGGUCAGACAUACGGGGGAGCGCAACUAUGUGUGUGAUUUCUGUGGCAAAUCUUUUGCUCGUUCAGACAAUCUGAGAGUGCACAAGUAUACCCAUACGGGAGGCCUGCCGUACAAAUGUAAUGUCUGUGGUAAAGCCUUUGGCUGGGCGUGUCACCUCAGGGAUCACAAACGUAAACAUACGCCGGAGUCCUCGUAAGUAUGUAAAAUAUGUAACGGUGUGUUCUGAAGUUCUAGGGCUCUGACAAAACACACUUGCGCACACAGAGAUACUGUACGAGAACCUUCCCGCCACGGGGUGAAUGUCGAUGUUCCUGUAAACUGACCGAAUGUGAAUACGAGUGAUGGUGAUACGUGAAGAAAAUUCUGAAGAAAUGCUACUAUUUCUGAUCUCUGUGAUUUCGCUCUCUGUCCGUACGGAUCGACACUGCCAGCAUUGUGUUGCUUUUAAAAUGUUCUCAUCUAAAGCAGUUCCCACACCAUCGAAUGGAAAUUACCAGUCGAGCUGGAAAUAUAUGUAUCUGUUUCCUUGAGGCUUUUAUGAAAGACCGAAAAGUUCAUACAAAUGAUGUUCCUUACACUCACUUAUAAUGUGUGAGUUACAGUUUUAAAGAAAUAUUAGGGUUAUGAUAAACUGGACAAGGUUGGUGAGCUUUGAAACAAAACAAAUUUAAAUUGUAAUUAAGUGUACAAAACAGUUCUGUCUUAAAUGGCAGUACUCUUCUCUUUCAAAAUAAGUAAUAAUUAGCAAAAUUAUAUGUGAUACAAACAUCCUCUCUGAGCCGUGGUGCUGCAAAGAAAUUAAUGUCACAGAGGGGUGUUUUUUCUUUUUUUUCGUUUGUGAUAGCUGCUGUACUGUAUUGGAAGAGACCAGAGUUGGAUCGUGAGAAAGGCAGGUGUAACUAAGCCAGAUACUGAUCUUCCUGAAACAUUUUAUACUCCACAUAACUUGUGCAUAUGCCCUAAUUUUUAUCUUCUGUAAUGUAAAGUGCCUGCUAAUUAUUUAUAAUGCGUACACGUAGAAACCUGCCGCAGAAACAAUUUUCACUGUGUUACUGUGAUCUAGUUAUUUUGUAUGGUGUAAAUGAUAUAUUUUGAAACACUCUUUUGUAUUGUUCUUGUAAUGAUAUGUUGUAUUUAAUCAAAACAUGAUAUAGAAUAGGAAUCUUAUAAUGUGUUUAUGACAUCCAUCUCGGUCAUCUGUAUAUCUGAAGCAACCGUGUCCUAAUUCGAGAGACUGAAGAAAUAAUGAUCUUUUCAAAGAAAAUAUAUUAAAGAAAU